CAGCAGCGCCAGCUGCGACACGCCCUGGCUGCCGCCCGUGGGGCGGCGCUGGCGGCGCACUCGGCUGCGGGCCUGGCGCGGGGCGCGGCGGCGGCCUGCCGCCUGUUGCGCAACGCCGAGGGCCUCAUCCGCGCGGCGGUGGCGGAGCUCGAGGCCGCGCGGCCUCGCCCGCCCGCCGCCAAUGCUGGCGGAGACCCUGUGGAGCCGCCUGCUGCGCCAGCGGCGGCAGCUCCGCCUGAAGGCGCGGGCCCCGCGCCUCGGCGGAGGCGCCGACGCCGUGCGCGUCGCAGCAUGGCUGGAGCCGCAGAGGAGCCGCUGGCCUUGAUGGAGGGGGUGACGGAAUUGGACGACGGCGACGACCUGGCCGACGACAGCUGGGCGGACGCCUUGGGCGGCCGUUCGGCUUCCGCAGGGCCUUCGGCCGCGGGGCCCGCCGUCCGCCCGCCUCCGAGGAGGCGUCCUGUGCAGUCGCCAGCUGGAGGCGCCGCCACCCCUCCGUCGGGCUCCCUCGACGUGCUGAUCGACGAGGUCGUGGCGGCUGGGUUGUUCACUCGCGGCUUCGCCGUGAUGAUGGCGUCGGAGCCCCUGGGCGAGAGCGAGCUGUCGCGACUUCUUCGGGAGUCUCGGGCGGCGGCGGCGGGCAAUGGCGGCAAGGGCGGCAAGAAGGGGCAUCCGCCCCUCCGGCUGGCCUCGUAGCUCUUCGGCACGCUGCGCUCCCUCGUCUGAAUCCGUUCGCUUUUUUCUCGUUGCUCGGGGAGAGUGGCUUCGACACUCUCUUCCAUGGAGUACAGUACAGUACAG